GUUAUUUUCACAAAAUAAACUGGCUAAAAACUUUUAUUAUUUUGGUUUUCUUUAAUAAAUGUUCAAUGACAAACUAUAUGUUAUUAAAUUAUUAUUAUAAGUUACUUUUUAUACGGUAAGAUAGAAUCCUAUAGGUAGACGAAUCUGAACAAAAUUGUGAUACAAUUGCAGGCUAAUGUGUUAUGUUUUUGAGUGAUACGAAUAUGACCGAUAAUAAUGAUACGCCAGGUGAUAAUAGCAUUCAAAAAGUUGAACCGAACUACCACCAAUAUUCUCUAUUUGAUAUAGGCAUAGAUCCAGGAUUAAAGGACGAAGAAGGCAAUGAAUUACCUAGGCCCUUUACAAAGAAUCAAAUGCGAAAAUGGUUAAAAAAAGUUAGAUGGGAAAAUCAUAAAGCUGACAAACGGGCCAAAGAAAAAGCAAGAGCUAAAGAGAGGAGGCGAGAAGCCCGUGAAGCCAAUCUUGACUUAGGUCCUAGUAGAAAAGCUUUAAAGAAGAUGAAAGUGGAAAAAGACAAGAAAAACGUAGGCGUUAUCAUUGACCUCAGUUUUGAUCAUCUUAUGAUAGAAAAAGAUAGGUAUAAAGUCAUAAAACAAAUCCUCAGAUGUUACUCUGUAAACAGAAGAUCUGAGUCACCCCUGCAGUUUCACAUUACAAGUUUUGGAGAGAAAUCUAGGAAUGAUAUAUCUAGGCAUAAUGGUUAUGAAAAUUGGGAUGUAGAAUUUCAUGAAGAACCAUAUUUAGAUUUGUUUCCAAAAGAAAAACUUGUUUACUUAACGAGUGAGUCAGAAAACAUAAUUGAAAACUUUGAAGAGAAUACAUUUUAUGUAAUAGGAGGACUGGUAGAUCAUAACAAACAUAAAGGCCUGUGUCAUACAAUAGCAAAAGAUCAGGGUAUCAGACAUGGUCAGCUACCUUUAGAUAAAUAUGUCAAUAUGAAAACUAGAAAAGUGUUGACAAUUGAUCAUGUAUUUGAAAUAGUACUGCGAGUAUCGGAAGGCCUGGCUUGGCAAGAGACUCUCAUGAAAGUACUUCCCGUUAGAAAAGGAGCACACAUCUGCAGUAGUGUUAGUGAUUCAAGCAUAGACAUUUCAUAUCACAGUGAUUAAUCAUACAAAAUAAAAAGUGACUAGAAAAUACUGCACCUUUUUAAUUGUAAAACAAAAACUUUAAUAUAAUUAUUAAAAUCUGUAAAAUAUUGUUG